AUGGGCUUCUUCCGCAAUCUUGUUUUGAAGAUCGCCUUCUCUUGGGACACAGAUUUGACCUUGCUGCUGCUGCCGUCUGAGCCGCCGCCAGGGGAAGCCGCUGCCGUCGUUACCACCACAGCACAAGAGAAUCCACCACAGCAAGGAAAGGAACGUGUUUCGUAUUCUACUAAUGAGCAAAGUUUCAGGGAGGUUUUUGGAAAAUAUGGUGAUGUUGUUGAUGCAAGGAUAAUUGUGUACCGUGAUUUUGGCAGAUCCAGAGGAUUUGGGUUUAUUACUUACAGUUCGGUUGAGGAGGCGUCAAGUGCCAUUCAGGCCUUAGAUGGGCAGGGAAUAAUGGUUGAAAAACAACAAUGA